UGUGUAACUGUGUGCACAGUGCACACCUUUGUCAAAUAGGCAUUCCUCCGCAUGCAAUGGGAUUAAAGCCGCUGUGCUGUCACUCGACGAGGAUUGACGCUGCUUGCAGGUGCGCACGGUGGACCGCAAAGUGGAGCAGAAUCGCGUCUUGUGGAAAGCGAUCACGCAGUCCAGCCUUCGAGGCUUGUUUUAAGUUGCCUGCGACGUGUACUUAAUUGGGCGCAGGCAGCUAAAGCAAGUCUGGGAUGCGAGAGACAUCCGUCAGCCCAACACCGACCGGGAAAGAGAAGGUCCGAAGUGGGGGAGGAGAGCGACUCCCCCCCCCGCCCUCACUCGUGAGGGGCCUUCAGCGGAUGUGUGAGCGGGUUUGAAGGAAAAAAAAUAUUUGAGAUGUUUGUACAAUGUAGAUGCAGAAUAAAUGUGUUUGCUGGAUAAAUGCUUUGCAGAACAUGUCCCCCUGAUUACGGAGAAAUGGACGAUGACACUUUUGCUUAUGUGCGUGUUUUGCUUCCACAAUAGGAAAAAUAAAAACUUAAAUAUCACGUUGUUUUAAAAGUUAAUGUGAUGUCAUCUGGUAACGAUUUUAGUUUCAAGUUGAGUUUCUGCCAUUUUGAAAAUGGUCUUCAAUGAACAGAAUCAUUUUCAUGUUAAAAUGCGAGACGUUUUGACUCCAGUUCGUGAUACUUUAUCGAAUCAAAAUGUUCACUUUAAACCGUGAUAAAAGGCAGGCUAAAACUCGAAAAGGAUUAUAUUCACGUAAACGUGUUAACGUGAACAGUUAAUUGAGUUUAAAAAAUAUAUUUGAGUGUAGGACAUUUCAUUUUUAUUUCAUUUAUUCAUUUCAUUUUCAGUAACAAGGAGUUUUGUGGCGGAUAAGUUGCAUUUGUAUUUUUGAAAAGGAAGUCUUAUUCUGUGUUUUGAAUGCUACAGUGAAAUUGUGGUAAACCGUUCUUCAAAAUUUAUUUAAUUUUUUAAUUUAAUUAAUUUAAAAGGUAAAUACGACUAAACUGAACCACUCGUGGUGUGUGGGCUCCCUCUAGUGACAAACAAAAGAAUCACUCAUAAAUAUUCAAACAGUAUAUUCUCAGGAUAUUUGAAGUUGUAUUUUACUGGUUGCAAUACGUUUUAUAAUCGUUUCUAAAUGAUGCAGGUACAUUUCAGAACCAGUCUUAUGUUUUUUGGGAAUCAAAUAUUUGUCAAUAUUUGUAAUUGAAUGUUUUUAUUGACUUGUCAUUGAACACUUAGGCCUACCAACCUAUUGUAUUUUAAUGAUGCUCAUCAGUAUUUCAGGAUUUUCAGGAAAAUCAGAAUUCUCUUUAACCGAUCCGAUAAAUCAAAUUAUGUUAAUUUGUGCCCCUCCCUUUUCAAGGUCUUUGCCCCCCCCCCGUACGCCUUUUUUUCAGCCCUUUUUCCUCUCAGCAUAAGGUUGCAGCGUCUUUGUUGUCUGACGUCCAUCCAAGCGUGUUUUUGAAGAUAAACACUGUCCGAAGUGCAGGCUUGUCUGUUUGCAGAGAGCAAAAUAGGCGGAAAAUCAAGCGAGACGUGAACUGGUUUCCAUGUCAAACACUUCAAUUCUCCAUAGAAACUCAGAUCUUAACGCGGCGACUUUAUUAAACUGCGAUGGCAAAUUGAUAAGGGCCCAAUUUCUAUCGCCUGCUGUUCUUUUUUUUUUUAUUGUGGGCACCAAGGCGGGCUGACAGAGGUAAAUUGCUCUUUUAAUUAAAGCAAUGCAGCAGAGGAAAUUGCUGUCUGAAUAUUGUCUCCGAGAUGGGGGGCCGCUGACAGUUGCCUGGAAACUUCAAUCUGUCCACUCGCGUUUAUUCCAGAUCACAGUUAUGAGAUAAAGUUUAAUAAAAAUCCCCCGUUUUCCCUCCGCCUGCAGCAAGCAAAUGAAAGCCAAGCCUUUUUGUGCCCAAGUGAGCACAAUGAGAAGGGAGUGCGGAGGAAAGCUCAUGUUCAACAUGUAUCUCUCAGAUCCGACAGAAAAUCUGUUGAAAGACAACAAAGGAGCAUCGUGGGGUCCGAUCAAUACUGGAGCACAAAAAGGCAGCGGGCAGAUCCAGCUGUGGCAGUUCCUUCUGGAGCUGCUGUCGGACAGCAGCAACGUGUCGUGCAUCGCGUGGGAGGGCACCAACGGCGAGUUCAAGCUGAUCGACCCGGACGAGGUGGCGCGCCGCUGGGGCGAGCGCAAGAGCAAGCCCAACAUGAACUACGACAAGCUGAGCCGGGCGCUCCGCUACUACUACGACAAGAACAUCAUGACCAAAGUGCACGGCAAGCGCUACGCCUACAAGUUCGACUUCCACGGCCUGGCGCAGGUGUGCCAGCCCACCUCCACCGAGCAGGCCCUCUACAAGUUCCAAGGCAACUUCUCGCCCAUCCCCUUCUCGGGCAUCUCCAAACUCAACCUGCACGUGGCGCCCGCCGUCGGCCCGUCGGGCUUCUCCUACUGGGCCGGCUCUCCGUCGGCCGCCCUCUACCACCAUCACCACCAUCACCACCACCACCCCCCGGGAACCAACCUACAGCCCCCCGGGCCUUUCGCCACCGUGUCGCCGAGCCACAUCGGCUGCGUCAACGGCAUCAACACGCUCAGCAACAUUAAUAACCAUUACAACUGACUGACUGGUCGCCGUGACGUCAUGCAGGUAAAGGAUCGUGACGUGUGCGGCGCUCCCGUGCUUGUUUACACCCAAGCGCAAUCGGAAAAAAAAAAAUGUUUUGGACGGGGCUCUCCUGUUUGAAUAUGCUUGAUUCACUUCAGACUUAUUUUUGUGUGGUUCCAAAAUUCAAUUUGAAAUUCCGUUUUAACAAGAACGCACUUGAUGUUGCUCUCAAAAUUCGAAUCAAUUUUUGUCAAGCGCUGUACAUUCUUGACAUCAUGACGCCCUUUUAGUACUUUCAUUUAAAGAAAAGAUAAGAAAAAAAAAGAGCUGUGAAUGGGUUGUAGAUAAAUAACCACAUCACCAAUCGAGAUUGUUGGUUUCAAAUAUACUUUGAUGUGGUCUGAAAGGAAAAUAAAAUGUUAUUUUUGUUGUUGUA